AUGAACACGUCCUCUGCCAAUGUCACCGUGGUUAUACAGUAUCGAGACUCCUUCUCUAAAGCUGUGGCCAAGAAUUUGAUUGUGGUGAUGAUCGGGAUCUCCAUCAACUACAUCAAUGCCGGCCUCAUUCACACCUUCUGCAAACACCAGAUCUUCUACAUGAAUCCUCGGUACAUCCUUUUCAUUCACCUGGUGGUCAACGACAUGAUGCAAAUGACUCUGUCACUUUUCAUGUUCAUCAUCAGCUACACCUUCUACACAAUCAAUGUCUCCAUCUGCUGCAUCUGCAUCCUGAUUCUUAUCAUCACUACUGAAAACACGCCUCUGAACCUGGCCUGCAUGGCGAUGGAGUGCUACAUCGCCAUCUGCUUCCCUCUGCGCCACGUACAGAUCUGCACCGUCAAGAGAACGCUGAUGCUGAUUGGUUUGAUCUGGACGACUACCAUGUUGUCUGUGCUCCCCGAUCUGUUCAUCACAUUGGCCACAGUGCCACUGGACUUCUUUCAUUCUCGUAUUUUUUGCCGCAGAAUCAAUGUUUUCCCAAGUCCCAUCAUCUUGGAGAAGAGAAAUAUCACAUAUAUAUUGUUGCUCGUUGUAGUUUGGACUACUGUCUUUUACACUUACUUCAGAAUCCUCUCCACUGCACAGACAGCAAGCGACGAUGCUAAAAAAGCCAGAAACACAAUCGUGCUCCAUGGGUUUCAGCUGCUGCUCUGCAUGCUGGCAUACGUAACCCCCCAGCUUCGAGAUAAUCUGUUGCAACGGUUUCCUCAGAACAGUCCAGACAUCCUCUUUGCUUACUAUAUUGUAGAACAGAUCCUGCCACGAGCAAUCAGUCCGAUCAUCUACGGUGUACGAGACAAGACUUUCAGGGGGUACCUCAAGAUGCAUUUCUCAUGUUGGGUCAGGACAAGUGUAUCGUGA